ACGAAUAAACAGUAAGGAAUAAACAGGCUGCAGAAUAGAAGAGAAAUGGAAUGGCAGUAGAGUAAAAUGAAGAGGGGAAUAAGGUGAACGUAGCAACAUUUAGUUCUGCCGCAGCCCCGAGGAGGAGGAGGAGGAGGAGGGCGCCGUGCAGCCCGAAGCUUGACGCGGGACGUUUCUGGUAUCGAGUACAGCGGAUUUACUCCAGCUGGCACGCGCACGAUGAUAGAAAUGGAUAUGGAAUGAUAACGGCCGUUAGCGCAAGAUGGGCAGGCACUGAGAUCAGCUUUAACUUCCCCGGUGGUUGCUCAGCUUCGACAUGGAUGAGUUCCAUCCAUUCAUCGAGGCUCUGCUGCCCCAGGUCCGUGCCUUCGCCUACACAUGGUUCAAUCUUCAAGCCAGGAAGAGAAAGUACUUCAAAAAACAUGAGAAGAGGAUGACCAAAGAAGAAGAGAGAGCAGUCAAAGAUGAACUUUUGGGCGAGAAGGCAGAGGUGAAACAGAAGUGGGCCAGUCGCCUUCUGGCUAAACUGAGAAAGGACAUCAGACCUGAAUGCAGAGAGGACUUUGUCCUGUCAAUCACCGGGAAGAAAGCUGCAUGUUGUGUUUUGUCAAACCCUGACCAGAAAGGCAAAAUGAGACGUAUAGACUGUCUCCGACAAGCUGACAAAGUGUGGAGGUUGGACCUGGUGAUGGUGAUCCUUUUUAAAGGCAUUCCUCUGGAAAGCACAGAUGGAGAAAGGCUGGUAAAGGGAGGCCAGUGCUCCAAUCCAGUUCUCUGUGUCCAGCCUCGACACAUCUCUGUCUCUGUCAAAGAGCUUGAUCUCUACCUCGCCUUCUAUGUACAGGAGAAAGAGUCAGAGCAGAGUAACAGUCCCAGCCGGACCGGAGUCAGUUCUGAUCAGGAGGACAGUCGAACAGCUACCAUGGAUGGUCCAGAGUUCCAGGAAAGUUUUAUGACAUCAGGAGUUUUCAGUGUUGCUGAGCUGGUCCAGGUGUCCAGAACGCCAGUAGUAACAGGAGUCGGACCUGGUUUCUCUGUGGGGGAGCUCCAGGGUCAUCUGGCCUAUGACCUCAACCAGUCUGUCAACCAGCCAGUCAGCCUCAGACGAUCACUGGCCAGCACAUCAUCCAGUGGAAGUAAACGUCAUAAGUCUGGCUCCAUAGAAGAAGAUGCUGACAGUCCAGGAGGGGAAUAUUAUCAUUCACCUUCAUCUCCCGCAAGCAGCUCCAGAAACUGGACUGAUGACAUGGAAGGAGGCCUGUCUCCUCCAGUAAAGAAGGCAGAGCUGGACAGUCCAUCUCACCAGGAAGACUCACCAAGAAUGGGCUCCUUCAUUCAGCACCACCGUCCUGUCAUAGCUGUGCACAGUGGUCUGUCUCGGAGUCCUCACGCCUCUUCAUCGCUUCACUUUCCAUCUUCUUCUUACUUCCCUCACGGAGCAAUCCGCUAUCCUCCACACCUGGCUCAAGACCCACUAAAGGAUCUGGUCUCAUUAGCCUGUGAUCCAGCAAAUCAGUCCCCCAGCUCACUGAAUGGCAGCACCCAGGUUAAAGUGCCCAGCCAUUACAUAUCCUCUCAGAUGUUGGCACCCCCAGGACCAGCACCCUCCCUGACCAGUCCUCCAUCGUCCCUCCCCAGAGCAACACUUCCUACAGAGUCAAAAGCCACCGCAUCCUCCUCCGAUGGGGGAACAAAUUCCCCAACAUCACCCACGUAUUCGGCUCCUGGGACCCCUCCAGCCAAUCGAUCCUCCUUUGUUGGAGUCACCCCUCGAGACCCAGGUGGACUGUACCAAGCCCAGUCAUGGUAUCUGGGUAACUGAACGAACUCUGGAGGAGACAUGAUGCUUAUGGAAGUGCUGUCCUGGAGGAAAGGAGACAAUCCUGUUGGGACGUGACCAGAAAAAGAAGGAAAAAAAAAACGCAUUCAGCACUGUAGAAACACAACACCUGAUCAUAUAUAAAUAUACACGAUACUAUAUUUAUAUAUGUGUUUGUAUCCAGAGGAGACCACCUGGAUGGAAGAUGGAUGCUGCACAGCUGUUUUUGCAAGUCACUACAUGACUGUCACAAAGUUGUGAUUUUCAAGGAAAAGUAGUAGAUUGGUGAAAGGUUCAGGUAAAUUACAGACCAGAACUGGCCUCAACACAGCAUAUCCGAGAAGCUUGUAACUCAACAGUGUCCCCAGGAUGAGGCCUGAAUUCCUGGGAUGUAUGUCAGCCUUUACUCCAGGCCCAAAUAGAGCCCCAACACCAACAACCCUAACCCAGAAUGCCCCUCUCCGCUGCAGGUGCUGCUUAUAAUAUAUGCAAAUAAGCCUCCAUUAUUUUCCAAACUGACUAUAAAAUAGAGCCUGUUGAAUAAUGUUUUUUUUUUUUUUGCACUUUUUAACUUUUAUUGAAACAAGCUGAAAUGGCGCAUUAACCUCUCUCUUCCCAUCCACCAAAAGACAGAGGCUUUGUCUUUUUUAUUGACAAUCAGCCUGAAACCAUUCAGUUGCUUUGCAAGGCUCAUGUUUUUUUAAGACUACUUGAUUGUGCUUUUUACCAGAAAACACGGAACAGUGGAAUUUGUGUUCUGUUUCUGCCUCCAACCCAAAACAGACAGUGCUCCAGCUGACGCCAGUACAGGUUGGGUGCACGGCGGGACCGUGAUGUUACUGUUUCAGCAGUGACAGAUGCAGUGUUUGAGUUAAGUGGCAGCAAAGCCAGCAGCACUCUGUCUGCUGAGUUUCAAACUGUAGCCUGCUGUGGGGAGUUCCUGUGUGUGUGUGUGUGUGUUUAGGUUUUACUCAUGUUACAUGUUUACACACUCACAUUUCAGACAUGUCUCUUCUCUAUAGGGACAUCAAGUCCUUACACGUGCAUCAUCAAGUACUAAAAGUGAAGAUGAAGUUUUGGCUGUUUGUAGUUGAGGCUACAGGAAAUGAAUGUACACAGCUGCGUGUGUGUGUGUGGAUGUAUGUCUUUUUCAAGAGAUAUUGUGUGAAUUUGGUUUGUGUUACAGAUAUAGAAAGCACCAUACUAAGGCACUAAGUAAGUUUCUGAUGCUGAUGAGCUCGUUGUGAGCAUGUGUGUCAGUGCUCUUGACUAGUUUGGACCUGUGUGAUCAGUGUGUGCAGCAGCAGCUGUGUGGUUCUGGUUCAGGCCGGGUGAGACUCGGGUGAACAGGACAGGUGAGCAGCAGGUUGGUUUCAGGUCCAACCAACACAUGGAGCAUUUAAAGCAGGGUUGAUCCUGAGCUAUCUGUGUCCAGCCUUGACCCUGUGUUUGCAUCCUCACUGCACUGCAGUGGCAAAGUAAUUUUUUGUUUUCGCCGAAUUUCACCGCUUCUAAGACUUAGUGAUAUUUCAAAAGUAUUUAUUCUGUUGAAAGCUUACCUAAUGCAUUUUAAUGCUGAUUAAACAGGUAUUUUCUUAGGUCCAGACAGUUUUUCCUAACUGACAAUGUAAACAUCCCAAAACCACAUGCUUCUGGAAAGAAUAGAGUCAUAGCGGAGGUAAUAAACACGUCUGUAUUGGCAUUCCAGAAAGAGCUCCAGACCCUGUACUCCUCAGACUUUCCAUGAGGUGUUCAUCAUUUCACUGAUUAUUGUGGAGAUAAACAUUAAACACUAAACACAAAAGAGUUUUUAGGGAUGAUAGUUUAUAAUUGGUGCCAAAUUGUAUUUUAUCUGUAGUUAUGAAGUAGCUUUUUGGUCUGUUCCCUGUGGUUGGGAACAAAAAAAUGUUUGGUGUUUCUGCUGUUUUUUUUGUUAAUUUUGCUUUUUUAAAAUAACUUAUGUUAUCAACAGCAGAUUGUCUGUCUGCUGACGUUAUUCCAGAAUUCGUUCAUACCGGAUCUGCACUCCAAAAGUUAAAUUUAGUGGCAAAUCACACAACAGCAGGCAUCUGAAAAGAUGGAAGCAAAGUUCGAACCGACAUUUGUAACCAGCAGUCACCUCAUGUUCAGAUAAUUUCCUCAGGCUCUGUGUCUCAGCACAUUCAACAGGAAAUUAAAAACAAAUGAAGAUUAUCUGACGUGCCAAGUCUUUUUAACUUUGAUUUCAGUAGGAAUACAGAGGAAUGAGGAGAUUUCAUGUGUUCUGAUGCCUGUGGGUCUGAGCUUUGACAUUCAGUCACUAAAAAGAGAUCUUCUACAAUAUAUGAAACAUUAAAGUUACUGCAUGACUGCCUGGCUAUGACUCAAUCCCUAAAUAUGUUUCUGUAUAUUAAAACCACACCAAGCAUUGUCUCACUCCAUACUUAUAUAUCCAUUAUAUUCAUUACAUUAUAUUAAAGUUGGACUCUGAUAGUUUAAUGUUGUAUCCAGUAUUUAUUUCAUUCUGAAUGUACUGAAACUCAGAGCCUGAAGAAUAAACACGUGGCAGGGAGCAGAUAGUUCAUCUAGAAGUUUGGUUUUAGUUUUGUUUAAUUUUCUGGAGGAGGCAAACAUCUGUGGGAUCACAAAGAACAAUAAAAGUACAACAAGCAAGGGAAAGAGACCAUGUUGCAUCAUGAAGUGUUUUGCUUUUAACAUGUAUUUGGUUAAGAUGUGGACAGGUGUGUGUUUGUGUGUGCAGGACAAAAGCUCCAGUUUAUCUCCUUUUUCCUCUUUGCAUGUCUAAAUGUAUCAGUAUUGGAAUGAGUUUUUUUUUUCCCUACACAAGCAUGUGCACACACACAUACACACGUACAAAUACACAGUAUAAGGCUUCUAAACUUUCAGAUGUGUCUUCAUUUGAUUUAGCAUCUCUUUGGUCCUUGUAAAUCAGUCUGUUCACUGUAUGUACACAGGCUGCACAUCAGCAUCAUUUCUGUAGAUCCGAAGUCUCUGGUGGGAGAAGUUUGCUUUCUAUGAUGAGGUAAACCUUAUUCAGGGGUUUGAUAAAAACCCAAUUGUUUUCCUUAAUCUAACCAAGCAGCUGGUAAGGUUACCUUGUACCUGCAUGGACUUCCAGAAGGCAUUCUGCAGGAAGAUGGGAAGCAGACUUCUCUUGAUCUCUCUUCCUUUAUCUCUUCAGUGUGUCCCAAGAAAGGUUUUUGAUGUGGAGAAACUCCUCAUAUAAGCCGCCUUCUGGUUUAUGGUUCAAUUGGAUCGGCUUAAAGCUGAUGUGGGCUGCAUGGUGUUGCUGUGGUCGCUGUGCUAACCUCAAGAAUGCAUGGCUCAACCUGACGAUACCUCCUCAUUUCUAUCCUGCUUUUCCUCCUCUUCCUCCCUCUGCUCUUCAUUAGAGAACUGUGGGUGGAAAGGUUGUCUGUUUCUUUGAAUUUUGAUAACAGCCAUGCUCUUAAAAGCUUCUAUUUUGCACGAUGUCUCAUAACACAUUAUGUGCCUUGCCUUAAGUUAGAAAACAGAAACACUUAAUGGGAAGUGACGACACUUUUCAUGGAUCAGCUGUUAGCACUUCUAAAAAGCUGCAUGUGGGAUGGCUUGACUUUUCUGGUUAACGAUUUUAGGUUGUGGCAGGUUACCCUACAGACUCAAACAUGCUAAACUGACUUAAACUGAUGGUUAUUACAGAGGUUCCCUUUUUCUUUCUACUGCUCCCAUCUGUAGAUUUCAUUGGAUGUAAAUCUGGGAGGGUGAGAAUAGCUCAAUGUUUGACUUGAAAUCUGAUCUGAAUCACAUAGAGUACAUCCUGCCAUCAAACCAGCUGAGACUAACAAAGCUUUGAAACAACAGCAGUGCUCAGAUCAGAUCAGCGUUUAGAAAAGCUUCAAAAUGUUGGACUGUUUUCUUCUGUCCUGCAGACUGGAAGCUGAUGUUGGCCACACUCAGGUGUUCUCGUUCAGCGGCUCUGCUGUUUAAACUGAUACAAUGGCUGAAAUGCGAAAUAAACAUUAACUUGUAACGUCACUCACGCUGCUGAAUUUCAGUGUUUGUCUGUGUGGCAGCAGUGUGUGGUGACAUUUUGGCUUCCAUGGAUGUGAAAGUUGAAGGUUUUGGACUUGGAGUUUGUUUAAAUGUCCCAAAAAAACAAACACAAAAAAACAAGCCAUUUUUAGAGAGGAUAGUUAACUGUGUCAUCAUGUUUUAAUAUUCAUCAUUAAUACAGACAUUCCCAUUUGAUAGUGUUUCGUAGAGGAGAAUGUCCUCUCUGUGUUGAGCAUGCAAUGUCAGACAUUUAGCCUCUCAUGCUCCUGGAAUUGAAGUAUUUAAAACUUCAAUAGUCUGCAGUUCUAAAACUGGUUGUGAAAAAACUGCAUGUGACUGAAGGCUGCAAAGGGCCACACAUAACUUAGUUCUGAUCUGAAUCACAUAGAGUACAUCCUGCCAUCAAACCAGUUAUGUGUACUUAAUACUACUUUUACUCCACUCGUCUUUUUUUGGGGUUAAUUUGUUAUUUCUUGUAGAAAACACAGCCAUGUGUAUAAAGAUAUGUACAAAUUAUUAGUUAUAAAACUUAGUUUGGAUUGAGACAGUAAGUGAACCCAUGAAAUGGGGAGACUGUGGCUGUGUUAACAUGUAGUUGUGUGAGAGAUGACGAAUAAGGAUCAUUUCAGACAUGAAGUUACCUGGAUAACAUACCUCUGUGUUCUUUCAGUGUUGGCAGCCAAAUUUUUAGACAUAAAUCAAUUUUUAUUGGAUGCAUUUUGCAGAAUUACAAAUUAAAUUGAGUUGUUAGUUUUUUUUUCUAUGUUUUUCUGUUGGCAUGUUAUCCAUCAUGUAAGUUAAUAUCUAAGUUAAAGUGGCCAUAAAAUGUAUGUGACUUAGAAUUUAAAAACAGCUCAUUCAUUUGGUUCACUGAAAAUUUGCUGACACAUCUGUAGACGAUACAAAUUCAUGACUUUCUAGGACGUUUGUAGAGGAGGCCCAUUCCAUGGUGAACAUCCUAAAUAAACCUGCUCCAAACUUACCCAAAACUGAAUAUAAAAUGUGUUUGAUGUUGACAGAUCCAAGCAGAGGGAGAACUGCACUGUCUGUUAUAAACACUCCCCCUUAAUGGGAGUUCUGUCAGAAACUAUAAGCCUAAUUGAAAAGUACUUCCCACAAAAUGAUGGUGCUUCAGCUUUAUAUUUGAAGCUGUUUUACCCUCUAAGGUUUAUUGAAAAAAAAAAACACUGCUGAAAGACACACCAGUAUAAAUUAAAUGAAUCAGCUUGAUGGAGGGCCAUUUAUCACAAGUGAAAACAUUUUAGGAUGAAGUUGUUCUUAGAUGGCAUGAAGACAGAACAAACACAAAAACUUCCAAACAAGGAUAAAAUGGUUUCCAUGUUAAAAUGCUGAACAAAUAAAGCCCUGAUAGGACUGACUGUGGCUGAGUCGGGUCGUGUCUGGGAUUAAAUGCUGGAUUAGCAUCAGUAAAGAAAACUAAAACUUGUCAAGCUACAGUUUCUUGGUUAAAUUGACAGAGUAAACCCAAAGACAAAAACACAGUGAGAGAUUCCAUACAUCAAACUGGGAGUGCAGAGGUAAAUUUCAUUUCUCUGCUCCAGCUGAUUGCCAUGAUGUGCAUUCUGUGUUUAGUUACCAUAUCCCUGCUCAGAUCUGUACACCAGCAGCACCAGCUGGCAACCGUGAGCAUCCAUCAAUCUGUCACUAAAUAAUCACUGUCCUCAUGAUCUUUGAAAUUUCCUAACCUCGAGUCAAGAGACGGAUGCAUUCAAGGGUUGUCUUAAUAUUGUAAAAAUGUCAUCACUGUUAAUUCUUUAUUCAUUUAACUUUGUGUUUGAGUGUUAGUUAUUUAGAGAAAAAGAGGCCAAACAAUAAAAAAUUUACUAAUUUCUAUAGAUAUGAUUAUAAAGUGAGUUAUUUUGGCCACAGUGAUUCUGCAGUGAAAAUCUGACAUAACAGCACUAUGUCCACACAGAGGAAGAAUACACAUUAUCUCUCGGUCUCCAUUCUGAUAAACCAGCAGGUCAACAGCAACCAAAAAUGAUCUCAACAAGCAGUGCCUGUCUCUGUACUGCUACUUUCAUCUUCAGUGUUUUGUAAGCUGUGCUUAGCAGUACUGGUUGUAUGCAAACACUCAAUGUUGCCAUCACAGUGCAGGACCUAAGGUGACAAGCCAUAAAGCAACCCAAAGAGUUAAGAAACUGUAGAGAAAAUGCAGCCACUGACGUUGGAGGCUUCGUGCUUCUUCACAUUACACAGGAACUUAAGCUGUGUCCUUGUUUUUGUUUUCUCAAGGUUGCACUUGCAAAAUAUUUUACAUGCAAAAAAUUAUGAACAGCUACCAAGAACAGAGGAGGGGAGAAAAUCAGCAGCUUCUCACUUACUGAUAAAUAGUUGAUGAUGUCUAAAAGUGUUGGAAUGUUUCUUUAUCUGCUUUAUCUUCAGCUCAGCUCUGAUGCCACAAUUCUGUCCACCCAGGACAUGUUAGCCUGUCUCACAGUUCUGAUCGUGUCUCAGUCAAAACAUAUGAUCUGAUGUUAUUAGUACACGUGUCGUGUUUGUACUAAUAUGGAUAGGAAGUCACUGUAGACGGCAUCAUUAGUUUGCUCAUCUUUUGACCAUUUUCAUAUUUUCUUUACAGUAUUUGUUAGUGAUCUAAAAGCUGAUGGCAGGAGUAAAAUUGAGGUCUUAUGACAGCAAAGACCUCAUACUGUCUAUCAUAAGGCAGACUGUGUUGGCUUUAUGCUCUAACUCAGCUUUGUCAAAUAAUUACCAACAGGAAAACCUAUCAUAUUUGGUACACAUUUGUUAUGUAUGAACAAUUACUAUUUUAUUCAUGAGCUUUAACUAUGCAGCAAUUAGUGCUUCCUAACUAAAGUUAUAAGAACUGAAAACUGAUGGCUGACUGAAAAAUCAGAUUUCUUGCUUAAUGUGGAGAAGAUGUGGCCAGGAGCUGAGUUCCUCUGACAGUUGAAUAUCAGUAAUGGUCAGUACUGACUUUGUGUUUGCAGAGAUGUCAUGAUUAUUUGGUGAUUCUGUUCUCUGUAUGAUGUAGCGCAAAGCAACUGCUGCUUAUAUUGCUGCUGUUCUGCUGGCAGAGGAUUUUUAUAAAAUUCACCCCAUCACAGCCGGAGUUGAUUUUAUUGUGAUUUGAGUGUGUGUCGUGCUGCAAACUCAUUUUACAGCACAAAGCGUAGGUUUUGUGGAAAAUUUUAUUUGAAAACCUUUGUUCUGUCAACUUUUCAUGUGAUUUAAUACUCUACUCUCCUGCUGCUGUUUUCUGCAAAAUUACCAGAGUUGCAAGAAUUUCAAGUUUCCUUUUGUGUUUUUCACGACUUUACAAAAUCCCUCCUCUGAUGUUAAACUCAGCGCAGAUGAAAAAAUCUUUAAAAUUUGCAGAGGUGCAGCCUCCCUGUGACGGGGAAACCACACUGAUCUGACAAGUUUAAGUCUGCAGGUUUGUUGCUGCUGCGCCGUUUACUCUGUAUGCUGAAGACUGUGUAAUGAAUGAAAGGAUUGUUUCUCAUAGAUUUUUAUGCUUUUUUAUCAUAAUUUUUCAGAUAUUGUAAAGGACUGCUUUGCUUGAUUUCAGAUAUAUUUAUAUAUGUAUAUGUAUCCCUUACAUCAGAGAGAGUGUAGGCAUGAAGUUUCCAUAUGAUAUUGCAUGAGUACAGUCCACACAGGCCUUUUCUCAACAGCUGUGCACACAUGAACUGAAAUGCUUUAUUUGGCCAUGAGAUAACUAAAUAUUUUUACAAACAAACAUGAGGUCUUCCAGAUAACAGUCGACCAGAUUGUUGUGAAGCAGAGAGCUGUGGCGUCCAUCAGUCUUGUUAUCUGCUGUACUCAAACACUUUAAAAAAAAUGUUAAAAAAAAAAAAAAAAAUUAUAAUAAAAAAUAACAGUAUUACUGCUUUGCUUAUUCAUCGUCUAACAAAGAAGUGUCCCAGAACUGUCUUGUCUAACCAAUGAACUCAUCUUGAUGACUCUAAUUAACUGUACCAUUGUACAGUUUUAAUACAUUGUAGCCACUCAGAACUGUGCAGUAAUGCACAACUGGUAUACAAAUAUUUUGGAAAAAAAAAGAAAAAAAACUUUAGAUGAGUUGAAGGUACGUUUACUGAGAUUGUAUUUGGAAGAUGUGGACUGUUGACCUCUAUGUUUACUGUGGAAAGGGCUCCUGCUCCAGAUUGGAGCAGUUUUAACAAGACCGCUGACAGUUUGUUUCAGAUAUCAUCAGCCUUUAUUUCCACAGUAAAGUUCUGGGCUUCUGCUUCAAGUUUCUGUUCCUUUGUGAAUGUAUCAUGAUUUAAGUGACAGCUUUUCUGAACUCGUGCAUAUGACAUAUUAUUCAUCUGCUGUGGGGGAUAUUAACAUAUUUGAUAAAAUGUCUUUAGAACCACAUUUACCAUUGUUAAACAGAUUCUAAUUCAUUACUGAAAACGAAUAUGUUUCCCUAUGCAAAAAUAUUACAUCAAUAAACAAGCUAUACAACUUAGAAA